AAUGAGACUGCUGGAUCAUGCCCAGAACUGUAGUCUUUUACAGAUUCCUGCUUAUCUGUAAAGCACUUUAUAUUUUCUCUCAGGAAAAAAGGUAAGAAAGUUUGCCCCAUGCCACCGCUUCUGAUAGAUAACCUUGGGAUUAGAGUAAGCAACGGUGGACCUUCCUGAACAUGGGAAAAAUCUGGGUGGAAGUAUGCUUGAUUUCAGCCCGGGGUCUCCGGCGUACGUCGACGCUGUUUAAGCUCCAGUGGUACGCUAUCGGGUGGAUCGAUCCAAACAACAAAUACUGCAGCAGGAUUGAUGCUUCUGGCAAUGCCAAUCCAGUUUGGAAGACCAAGUUUUCAGCUUUGGUUGAUAACUCAGAAGCAAGCCUCCAAGAUUUGGCAGUGCAUGUUGAAGUUUACAGUAGGGAGCCUAUCUUUCUCAGGGAAAGGCUCCAGGGGACUGCAACUAUUGUUCUUAAGGAGUUCUUGUGCAAGUAUAUGAAGAAUUCUGAAGUUCCCCAGCCAGUUCAAGAAGUAGGAAGCUUUCAACUGCGGAAAAGGAAUUCCAGCAAGCCCCAAGGAUUUGUCGAUGUUUCAAUCCGGGUUUCAGAGGAAAAGGAAGAAGCCAGUUCUUAUACAGGUAAUGAAGAGGGAUUCAGACUCAGGGAGAGGGAUCAUCACAACUAUGAAAUCACCUUGAGCAUUGAACAGUCACAGGCACAUCCUCCAAGGUUUCCUCCGGCACCAUUCCGCCUGCCGGAAAAUCAUCCACCAUCAAACUCUGCAUACCCCCACCCUGUGCCAUCACCUGCAAGCCCCAGUUCAUCAGGAGGAAGACUGGCACCGAUCUAUACAUCAGCUAGUGGACCUGGUUAUCAGCCGCCACGAACGCCUCCACCGCCGCCCCCACCUUCUAACGUCGGUUACAUUCCCACUUUCCUCCCAAGAACAGACCACGUACCUCCAAGCUAUAUCAACAUGCCAGCUGCUGGAGCAGCCUCCGGACGCCCCGGUGGAGGUGGUUUUGGCAUGGGGGUAGGUGCCGGAGCAUUAGCAGCCGGUGCUGUCAUCUUCGGCGAUGACUUUAUGUCAGGCUUUGAUGUCCCUGCUGGAUUACAAUAUCCUAGCCUUACCCUUGUAACUGAUCCCCCUUUCUGACAAAGAAGACUUGUAUACUUACCUUGUAAUGUUAUCAAAAUGCUUGAAAUUUAAUGUUGCAA